UUUUCGAUUUGGAUGUGAAAAUCGUUGAGGGAUUUUUGGGCGCUCUAUCUAUCGAUAGGAUGAGGAGGAGAGGCGUGCGAGCGCAAGGGAACUCGGCGGUUGAGGUGGUGGCAGCCCCGGCUCUGCUCCUACUGGCAUUGGCUCCUGUUAUCUGCUCGGCUGGAAUUCUGGACCUGCGGCAGUGGGCGCGCAGCGACAGGAUCGAGGUCAACAUACCCUGGCUGCCCUUCGAGAACGAGACGAGAUGCUAUGACGAGCUCGGCUGCCUGAACAUCACCAGGAGCUGGUACCAUCUGAUCUACCGGCCGCUCAACGUCUUUCCGCUACCACGCGAGGUCAUCAACACGAGAUUCAUACUCUACACGAAUGACAAUCCUACCGAAGGCCAAGUCCUAAUUGUAGGAAAGGACAAGUCUAUCAAGCGCUCGAACUUCAGUCCGAAGCGGAAGACCAAGUUCAUCAUACACGGCUUCAUAGACACUCCGCUGAGCAACUGGGUAAAGGAAAUGAGAAACGAGUUGCUCAUCCACGGUGACUAUAACGUCAUAAUUGUUGAUUGGGCGGGAGGCAGUUUGCCUCUUUACACCCAGGCUACUGCUAACACGAGGCUCGUCGGUCUCGAAAUUGCACACCUCGUCAAACAUCUGCAGACAAAUUACGGGCUGGACCCGAGCGACGUGCACUUGAUAGGGCACAGCCUGGGCGCACACACGGCCGGGUACGCUGGCGAAAAGCUCAACGGAACCAUAGGCCGUAUAACUGGUCUCGAUCCGGCUGAGCCUUACUUCCAAGGGAUGCCCAGUCAUUUGCGACUCGAUUACACGGACGCCCAGCUCGUGGACGUUAUUCAUACUGACGGCAAAAGUAUUUUCUUCAUAGGUAUACCAACAGGUCUCCCAGGCUACGGGAUGAGCCAGCCGUGCGGUCACCUGGACUUUUACCCGAACAACGGUAAAGAGCAGCCGGGGUGUACCGACCUUAGCGAGACAACGCCGUCCCUACCCCUGACGCUGAUCCGCGAGGGUCUCGAGGAGGCAUCCCGAGUCUUGGUUGCCUGUAACCACGUACGAGCCAUCAAACUCUUCACCGAGAGCAUCAAUAGCAAGUGCCAGUACGUCGCGCACGAGUGCGGAAGUUACUCCAGCUUCCUCAGGGGUGAGUGCUUCUCGUGCAAGAGCAACAACAGUCUCAGUUGCGGCGUCAUGGGCUACCACGCGGACAAGAGUCCCGCCCUCGUCAAAAGGCAACAGAUGGGCAUGGACAUGUCGACGCUACUAGGGGCCAAAUUUUUCUUCGCCACUGGCAAGGACGAGCCGUAUUGUAGACGACACUACAGGAUAACCAUAAACCUUGCCAGGCCACCCACUGCCGAGAGCUGGGUACAAGGAUACAUGAAGGUCACUUUGCACGCGGAACAUGGUGUGAUACGCAACAUGGAUCUGACUCCCAGUGGCUACAUGAAACUGGAACACGGGACGACAACUCGCAUGGUGGUGGCGCACCCAGGGGGCUCGAUCGGCGACAUCGGUAAGGUCCGAAGGGUGGAGCUGUCCUGGGCGUACGACAUGGACGUGCUGCAGCCACGGUCCCUCUGCUUCUUCUGGUGCAACGACCGGUUGUACGUCAACAGUGUCGUCGUCGACAUGAUGGAACUGCCCGGCAGGGGGAAACGCGAGGCUGACUUCUCGAGCAAGCUGUGCUCGGCGAGCAGGCAGGACUUUGCUGAGAUAGCGAGUGGCUCGACGUCUUCGUUCAUCGACAGCUGCUGACGAUCCCAAAAUCGCUGUCAUCGCGAACGGAUCGGCGCUGCAAAUGGCAUCUGGUCAAGAUGCCGAUGAGAUGGUGCGUGUACAUGGACGAGUAGGCCUUACGAGGAUGAAUGGUUAAUCGUCGUCGCUCGUCUUUGUACAUCUUGUAGUAUUAAUGUGAUCCGCGUACCCUUAAACAAUUGUUUUUGUAAAUCUUGUAAAUAAGACGAAUCAACUCGUUUUUGCGACUUCUCGCAUUUACUUUGUACGUUUACCUCUCUCUUGGAUUUUCCGGACGCGAGAGAACCUUAAGUGGUAAUCACCAAUGAGAAAGGUCAUUGAUCAUUCAGAGUACAUUGUAUAUAAAGUACUGUGGAAGUAUUUUUGCAUACUCAUGAUUAUCGCAAUUGUUUUGGUUAUGAAAACCACUUAAAUGUCCACUGUUGUAAAAGGCAAAGUAUGACAAACACGUUGUUUGUUGGAUUUUCGUAUGACAACUGGAUGAGAAAGAAUUCAUAUGGGAGUACAAAAGCUGUUAUUGUGAUUCCAGUAUUCAAGUCACCAGAGCAGCUUUGGUGGUUGAAAAAAUAUUUUUUUUAUCUCGUUAUGAGAUUUUACGUAUUUAAUAAUGAUAGGACCAUUUAAGAAAUACGAUGCUUAAAAUUUCCUUAAACACGCGUCUGUGUGAUUGCAGAAAAUAUGUUCUAAUCAAAGAACAUAUGGCAAUGAAGAAUUUAUGAAUGAAACAUAGCAAUCUACUUGUAAAAAUUUUAAUACGUUAGUACAUAUAACAUUAACUUCCUCAAAUAUAUACCUCCCAUUGUAAGUCUCACACAUAUAUUGAUAAUAUCUAAUUUUAUUCGACUAAAUUACAGGCGUCCGGGUGGUAACUAAAAUUUUAUGUAUGUCCACUUUGGAUGUUUUUGUUCGUAAUUUCAUACUCAUAUAUUGGGUUAAAAAAUCGUGAAUACGAGUUUUAGUCGAUGAGACAUACUUUUUGCCAGCUCUGUACAAAAGAGUCUGACUAAACAAAGGUGUAAAAGCGACCUAAGCGAUUUUGCUUCCUUAGAGAGUAAAUGGACAUAAAUCACAUGCUCAGGUAACAUAAAAUACACUCGUGUUUUACAAAGUUUAGAAUAUAAAUAGAGUACUCUGGCUAAGGUGUUUGUUCUUAUAUGUAUGUGUACGUGUGUGUUUAUGUAUGUGUACUUCUGAACAGUAAAAUUUUUAUU